GCAGCGGAGCAACGGCAAGCGAUCAGCUGGACGAGCUCACCGAACAGCAGCGCCGCAUGCUGCAACAGUACUCGAUAUCGCCGCCCAGCGAGACAAUGAUAUCGGCUGAUGGGGAUCAAAUAACGGUGCAUCAUCCGCGCGAGGAGCCCAAGAAAUCCAGAUUGAAAUUGCGCGAUUUCUUCGUUGCCGAAUUUGUGCGAAGCUGCCGCACCGGCAAGCAGGUGCAGAUGACGGAGGCGGAGGUGCGCGGCUUGUGCUUGAAGUCGCGCGAGAUAUUCUUGCAGCAGCCGAUAUUGUUGGAACUGGAGGCGCCAUUAAUCAUCUGUGGCGAUAUACACGGCCAGUACACAGAUCUGUUGCGUCUAUUCGAAUACGGCGGAUUUCCACCGACUGCCAACUAUCUGUUUCUCGGCGACUAUGUGGAUCGGGGCAAGCAAUCUCUGGAGACGAUUUGUUUGCUGUUGGCCUACAAGAUCAAAUAUCCGGAGAAUUUCUUCUUGUUGCGCGGCAAUCAUGAGUGCGCCAGUAUUAAUAGAAUUUAUGGCUUUUACGACGAGUGCAAGCGUCGCUACAAUGUUAAACUAUGGAAGACCUUCACAGAUUGUUUCAACUGUCUGCCUGUGGCCGCGAUUAUUGAUGAGAAGAUCUUCUGUUGCCAUGGUGGCCUCAGUCCCGAUCUGCAGGGCAUGGAGCAGAUCCGUCGCCUGAUGCGUCCCACAGAUGUGCCCGACACCGGGCUGCUCUGCGACCUGCUGUGGAGUGAUCCCGACAAGGAUGUACAGGGCUGGGGCGAAAACGAUCGUGGCGUUAGCUUCACUUUUGGCGUUGAUGUCGUCUCCAAGUUCUUGAAUCGACACGAGCUGGACUUGAUUUGUCGUGCCCAUCAGGUCGUUGAGGAUGGCUACGAGUUCUUUGCGCGCCGUCAGCUGGUCACAUUGUUCUCGGCGCCAAACUAUUGCGGCGAAUUCGACAACGCUGGCGGCAUGAUGACCGUGGACGACACGCUCAUGUGCUCAUUCCAGAUAUUGAAGCCAUCCGAAAAGAAGGCCAAGUAUUUGUACAGCGGCAUUAACUCAUCUCGGCCAACAACACCGCAGCGCAGCGCUCCAAUGUUGGCGACCAACAAGAAGAAAUAAUAUAUCCAUCCGCUUCCAUUUCCUUAAAGGUUUAACCUCAACCCCAACAGCAACAACAUCAGCAAACAACAGCAACAAAAACAACAACAACAACAGCAAACAACAAAUACACGAAUAACUUUUAUAUAUAUUAUACAUACGUACAUAAAUAUGUCAAAAUUAAAUGUGUGCAAGUAAUUAACUAGUUGAAAGAGUAAACAAAAAAAACAAACUUCAAAUGAAAAAUACAAAAAAAAAAAACAAAAACAAAAAAAGAAAAUACAGCCCCACAAAAUAAGCAAAGAAAAUCGUUUGAUACGAAAGAUGGCUAAAACGUGUUGACAGAUUAAUAAAAUAAAUAAACAGAUCAUCUUAUAUACAUGAUAUAUAUAUAUAUA